AUGACUGGCGUAUGUCCUAUAAAAGUUGUUGUGCGCGUACGACCGUUGAGUCAACGUGAACUGGCCGAAAAUGCUCGACAAUGCGUCUGCGUUUAUGAGCAGCACAAUCAGAUUUCACAAGACGAAAAGAUGUACGCUUUUGACAAGGUGUUCGACACAUGCACAUCUCAGCGAACGAUUUAUGAUGAUUGUGGUGCUCCAUUAAUCGAAAAACUCCUGGAUGGUUACAAUUGCACCAUUAUAGCCUACGGACAGACCGGGAGCGGAAAGACGUACACAAUGGGAAUCGAAGACACAUCGGUACAAGGAUUGUCAGUUCAUGCAGUCACCGGGCUGGAAGACGCAAUGAAAAUUCUGAAAAAAGGAUGCCGAUCGCGAACGAAAGGUGGCACAGCAAUGAAUGAUGCGUCGUCUCGCUCCCAUGCAAUUUUCACACUAACGAUUGAAAAAAGGGGCGAAGAAACAAGCUCGAAGCUGCAACUUGUGGAUUUGGCGGGUUCGGAAAGGCUGAAAAAGACGCAAGCGGAGGGGGAACGGAUGCGAGAAGGGAUCAAUAUAAAUGAAGGAUUGUAUGUAUUGGGCGCGGUUAUUUCGGUGCUGGCAGACAAGCCAAAGGAAUAUGUACCCUAUCGCGAUAGCAAAAUUACGCGUGUCCUUCAAGAUUCUCUUGGCGGUAACAGCUACGCCGUUAUGAUUGUAUGCGUUUCGCCGGCCGAUACAAACGCUUCGGAAACAGCACAAGCGCUGAGAUUUGCAAGCCGAGUGAAGCAAGUGGAGAACAAACCAAUCGUAAAUGUUGAUCCGAAGUUAGCGUAUAUUCGAAGUUUAGAAGAGGAGCUGGCAAGACGACGUGCCGGAGACACGUAUGUUGUUUUUAUUAAGUCAAUGUGUUUUUCAGUGUAA